AUGCCGCCGCCGCUCCACGAAAGUCGCCGCCAUACCCACCGUCAUGGCAGACAAAACCACCACGGUUGCGGCAACCAUAUUCAUCGCCAGAGCCAUCUAGACAGGACCGCCACUGCCGGCGGCUCGGGGCUAAGAUUCAUUCACCGCCACCGACCUCCUAGCCAUUAUUGGCGUCUUGCUACCAGGGGUCUAAAUGCAGCUUUGUCUGAGAAGGGAAAUAUUAAUAAUAAUAGCAGCAAAAGGUAUUCUUUGUCAAGCUCUUCUUCUUCUUCUUCCACUGAGAAUGCCGAGAAUUCUCGUCUUAAGGCCCAAAGCAGAAUGUCAUUAGGUGGGAGGAGGAGUUUUUCUUCUUCGUCUGAUGCUGAAAUUCCUAGUUUAGACAAAUUUCUUGUUAAGCGGCUGACGAGGCUCGAAAGGGAUGUGCUGGAAGCGAAGAACGCCCGAAAAAAAGCUGAAGAUGAAAAGAAAUUAAUUAUAAGCAGUGAUGAAAAGGUUCCAGAUUUAGGAAGUGUUCUUGUGAAACAUGCCUCGAAGCUCGAGAAAGAGGUUGAAGGAGCAAAAACAGGCGACAACAGGAAGAUUCAAAGGGGCCCGCGUGUGAACCAAGAUUUCAGUGAAGUUCUUCCCAGCUUGGAUAAGUAUCUCGUCAAACACCUAACAAGGCUCGAGAGAGAAGUUGAGGAAGAAAAGAAUGGCGAAAAGACUGCAUCUUUUUCGACAGAGAAAAAUGGGAAAGAGAAUGUGGACACGAACAAAACCGAAAAUAAGGACAUGGGCUCUAAGGUUUGUCGUAAAGGAGACUUUUCGAGUUAUGGCGAGAGUCUUGAUAAAGUUUUGGUAAAAAAGCACGUGUCGAAGCUGGAAAAGGAAAAGCUGAGUUUUUGUGGGGAUGAGGAAAUGAGGAUAAUAAAACCCAAGAGUAAAGCUGAGAGUAGUGAAGGCAGUUUGGACCAAGUUCUCGUCAAGCACAAAUCGAGAUUUCAUUAA